CCAUCUUCAACCGCCUUUCAGCCACAUUCAGCCAUCUACACCCAUUGUGCAAACUCUAAGCCUUACGGGCUGCUUUGGGAAUCGUCAAAACAGGAUACGCUCUGCCAACCUGGUACCCUUCGCCUUUGAGGCUGUUUGCUGGCCCUUUUUAUAAAGCGUUUUGCUUUCGCUCCCCCAAGCAAAGGGCCUUGUCCGAACACACCUACCUACUCUCGGAACAGCCCCCGACAGCCCCCGACCCCGGCGUCUAGUCUGUGAUACAAACAUUCGAACCCUCGGCUGUACUCUGCACUCCGGCAUAACAGCUCGCACGAGUACAUAAAACAUCAACGCCUGCUCUCGAGGCCUACCUAGUAGAACUGGCCUUCCACCGACUACCUACCACGACAAACCACAGCCCAGCUUCACAAUGGCUAUCCGAGAGCGAUUCCGCCGCGCCCUGCGCAGAUCCGACGACUCAGACACCAUCAUUUCUCAGACAGACUCAAAUACCACGACAGCAUCGUCGUCGGCCCGACAGAGCUCCAGCUCCGAAACCGCUCCCCAGCUAUCGCUGAAAAAGACCAGCUCAACAUUAUCAAGGACACUCGCCUCAUUCAGCCUCCGCAGCAAGGAAAAGGACAAGGAGAAGGAGGCGGCGAAGCGCGAGGAGAGGGAGCGCAGGAAGAACAAGGGCCGCAAGUGGAAGCACCCGAGCGAAAAGCCCAUGACGGAGCAGAACCUGAAGCACCAGGAGAUGCUCAGCCAUUUCAAGAUGGAGUUUGGCGCCUCCGACCCCAGCCAGAUCCUCCAGGACCUCGACUGCGACGGCAUCAGCCCGUGCUGCACGCGCGUCAACAGCUGCGACCUGGGGCCCGAGGAUGUCUGAGUUUGCGUGCCUGAUUUGAGCGCUGCGUGCGUUGCUAAAUCAUGGAUUGC